CUUUUCAUUAUUAAUUCCACCACACAUACACACACGCACGCACGCACACAGGCACACACACACACCGAAAUGUUCCGCUCUCUAAUUCACAACGCAUCUCUGCGCUCGAUCUCCGCCCGCCCGUCGGUCCUCCUUGCUGCAAAGCGUGCUAUCGGCGCACGCUUCAUCACAGAUCGUGCCAAGGCCACCAUCGAUGGUGCCGUGAAGGACAACGACCUUGUGGUCUUUAUGAAGGGCACGCCCGAUGAGCCCAUGUGCGGCUUCAGCCGGGCCGUCAUCCAGAUCCUGCAGAUGCACGGUGUCGACGAGAUCGCCGGAGUUGACUGCCUGCAGGACCCUGAGAUCCGUGAGGGCAUCAAGGAGUACACCGACUGGCCGACUAUCCCUCAGAUUUAUGUCAAGGGUGAGUUCAUCGGUGGCUGCGACGUCAUGGUCCAGAUGCAUCAGUCCGGUGAGCUCCACGAGCUGCUUGUCAAGGAGGGCAUCCUCAGUGCCGAGCCCGAGCCCGAGUCUGAGGAGCCCGCCAAGAAAGACUAGACGGUGGAUAUUGUAGUUUUUUUUUGCUUUUCUAUCAUAUUU